AUGAAUUUGUCCAACCAUCCCAACACGUUAGACUCUAACUUUACUGCUCUUGGGAGCAACUUGGCUAUCCCCACCACAGGGACCAAUCCAUCAACAUGUGACCAGGUGGUUAUAGCAGCUGAAGUGUUUCUCAUGCUUGGCAUUGUUAGCCUUCUUGAAAACAUCCUUGUCAUCUGUGCCAUAUUUAAGAACAAGAACUUACACUCUCCUAUGUAUUUCUUUGUAUGUAGCUUAGCCGUUGCUGACAUGUUGGUCAGUGUGUCAAAUGCCUGGGAGACGAUAACUAUAUAUUUGCUAAACAACAGGCAUCUUAUUAUCGAAGAUGUUUUUGUACGUCACAUAGAUAAUGUUUUUGAUUCCAUGAUCUGCAUAUCUGUGGUGGCUUCCAUGUGCAGUUUGCUAGCUAUCGCCGUUGACAGGUACAUCACCAUCUUUUAUGCUCUCCGUUAUCAUAAUAUCAUGACUGUGAGAAGAUCGGGAUUCAUCAUUGCAUGCAUAUGGAUUUUCUGCACUGGCUGUGGAAUCAUCUUUAUCCUUUAUUAUGAAUCAAAGUAUGUGAUCAUGUGUCUCAUCACAAUGUUUUUCAUCAUGUUGUUUCUCAUGGUUUCUCUCUACAUACACAUGUUUCUUUUGGCUCGCACUCAUGUUAAGAGGAUAGCAGCUUUGCCAGGAUAUAAUUCUGUCCAUCAAAGGACUAGCAUGAAAGGAGCAAUCACUUUGACAAUACUACUGGGCAUCUUCAUUGUAUGCUGGGCUCCCUUUUUCCUCCACCUCAUCCUGAUGAUCUCCUGCCCUCAGAACCUCUACUGUGUUUGCUUCAUGUCUCAUUUCAACAUGUACCUCAUUCUCAUCAUGUGCAAUUCAGUGAUUGAUCCUUUGAUCUAUGCUUUUCGGAGCCAGGAAAUGUGGAAGACUUUUAAGGAGAUCCUAUGCUGCUAUAGCAUAAACAUGGUCUGUGGAUUACCCAGCAAGUAUUAG